GGGGUGAAGCGGGGGGUGAACUUGGGAAGCCCUCCGAACCUUGAAAACCCGGCUUCUCUUUCCUUUUGCCGUUGGGAAACUUGGGUUGUUUGGGGACAGACGGGUUAAAGGAAGAUUGGGAGGCAUUAUUUACUGUCUUCACGGGAUGAGUGAAGUUGGUAACUUUUCCAUUCAUGGUAGUGAGCGGAUCUUAGCCUUAGCCUCUGAGAGCCCUUAUUAAAGAGAAACUUCCUGAUUUUCUGGAUCUGAGGGGUAUGACCAUUUCCAAGUUAUUUGUGUCCUGUCCGUGGAACAGUGCUUGGAAGGAGGCCACGGAGUGCACGUUGAAUUCAAAAGCUGGACUGGCCAUUAUGGAGGAGGAGCUGCAGCAUUCACACUGUGUGACUUGUGUCAGUAGACGGUGUAUGAUCAGACCGGAGCCUGGGAUUUCCUGUGACUUGAUUGGUUGUCCACUGGUUUGUGGAGCAGUUUUCCAUUCUUGUAAAGCUGAUGAGCAUCGACUUUUAUGUCCAUUUGAACGAGUGCCUUGCUUAAAUAGUGAUUUCGGAUGUCCGUUUACAAUGGCUCGAAAUAAAGUUGCUGAACAUCUGGAAAUGUGUCCUGCAAGUGUGGUGUGCUGUACUAUGGAGUGGAACCGAUGGCCAGUUAGUUACGCAGAUCGGAAAUCGUAUGAAAAUCUAAGCAGAGAUGUCGAUGAAGUGGCACAAUUAGAUAUGGCCUUGGCCCUUCAAGACCAAAGGAUGCUCUUAGAGUCUCUCAAAGUAGCCACCAUGAUGUCAAAAGCAACUGAUAAAGUGGCAGAACCUAGAGAACAAAUCUCAGUUAAAUCAAGUGUCCCGGAAAUACCACAUACUAAUGGUUUGGUAUCUGUUGAUGAAGAAUCUUAUGGUGCACUUUAUCAAGCUACUGUAGAAACAACCAGAAGUUUGGCUGCUGCCUUAGAUAUCCUGAAUACCGCCACAAGAGACAUUGGCAUGUUAAGUACAAGUCUUUGUGCUUCCCCAAAUGAAGUGAAUGAAGAGCAAAAUGCCAGAGAAAGCUUGCAGAAUAGACACUUGAAAGACCAGGACCAUCUUUAUGAGGAGGAGAUAGGAGCAGUAGGUGGAAUUGAUCAUAAUGACGCAAGUCUGAAUUUCCAGUCUGAACAAAAUGGCUCAAGUGAUUUAUUGUAUGACUCGAACACCAGUUCUUAUGGCACUUCUGCUCUUUGUAAUGGCUUUUCUUUGGAAAAUAUAUGUACACAGGCCAUAGACCAAAGUCAGAAAUUACAUGGUGAUUCAAAACAAAGUAACUUAACAAAUGGAGAAUGUAUAGCAUCAGAUGGCACUUCAGAUCCUUCCAGUUCACUUUCAGUAGCAGCACAACUUAAUGCUUUGCCUAAUGGCACAGUUCAGCACAUCCUCAUGCCAGAUGGUGAGGAUGAAGGAGAAUUGUGUUGGAGAAAAGUAGACUUAGGGGACUUGAGGAAUGUGGAUGUCUUAUCUUUCAGUCAUCCUCCUUCAUUCAAAUUUCUUUCUAAUUCAUGUUGGUCCAAACCAAAAGAAGAUAAAGCAGUAGAUACAUCAGAUUUGGAAGUUGCAGAAGAUCCAAUGGGCCUCCAAGGAAUAGAUCUAAUCACAGCAGCAUUACUGUUUUGUCUAGGAGAUUCUCCAGGUGGGAGGGGUAUAUCUGAUAGUCGCAUGGUUGAUGUAUAUCACAUUGAUUUUGGGACUCAGACUUUUUCACUUCCAUCUGCAAUAUUAGCUACAAAUACAAUGGUUGGGGAGAUAGCUUCAGCUUCUGCUUGUGAUCAUGCCAAUCCACAGCUUUCAAAUCCAAGUCCUUUUCAGACACUUGGGCUGGAUUUAGUAUUGGAAUGUGUCGCUAGGUAUCAACCCAAGCAGCGUUCAAUGUUUACAUUUGUUUGUGGACAGUUAUUUAGAAGAAAAGAAUUUUCUUCCCAUUUUAAGAAUGUGCAUGGUGACAUUCAUGCUGGACUCAAUGGCUGGAUGGAACAGAGGUGUCCUUUAGCAUAUUAUGGUUGUACCUACUCUCAGCGUAGAUUUUGUCCAUCAACCCAAGGAGCAAAGAUUAUACAUGACCGCCAUUUGAGGUCAUUUGGAGUUCAGCCUUGUGUAUCUACAGUUUUAGUGGAGCCUGCUAGAAACUGUGUGUUGGGAUUACAUAGUGACCAUCUAAGUAGUCUUCCUUUUGAGGUCCUGCAACAUAUUGCAGGCUUUCUUGAUGGCUUCAGUUUAUGCCAGCUCUCAUGUGUAUCCAAGUUAAUGAGGGAUGUAUGUGGCAGCCUGCUUCAGUCACGUGGAAUGGUCAUACUGCAGUGGGGGAAAAAGAAGUAUCCAGAAGGAAAUUCAUCAUGGCAAAUAAAAGAAAAGACUUCGAGUAUGUUGUCCCUAACACAAUACCUACAUUUGAACAUUUGCAAUAUGGCUGACAGUAUGCUAAUAAGCAUUUUACUUCUGUUAAUGUAUUUAAUCUACUGUCCCUAUUUUAUGGAUGAAGAAACUGAAGUUUAGAGAAGUUAAGUAACUUGUCCAACUAAUUGAUGCAUUCAGACCUAGGGAACCUGUCUCUGGAACUUGCGUUCUUCAUCUUCUCACUAUAUUUCCUCCUUACUCUACAGAUCUUACUUCCUCAGGAAAGCCUUCUGGAAUCCCCACCCUUCAGGGAGGUGCGCUGCUCUGUGUUCGUGUGGCGCCUGGUUAUGUUCUCCUACUAGAGCACUCUGCUGUUUUGUAAUUCACUGAUGAAUUGUCAGUUUUUUUUCAUCAGACUGUAAGUUCCUUGAGAAGUGAGACUCUGGGAACUAAAAUAUCUACUGCCUAGCACAGCACCGCCAUAUAGCAGGCACUAAUGUACUCGAGGAAUACUUUUGAAAGAACAAUUGCCCCAUGACUAAGAAACCUUGUCAUCAGGAGGUGGGAAUCAUCCAGUUUUUCCUGAGUUUGUUUCACCAGACUCUUAAUUAAUUGUGUGGAAGUAGGGAGGCUGUCUGCCACCAUUGAAUCUUAAACGAAUUUGUUCUGCUGAAGUUUAACAAAACUCCUAAUUCUUCCUCUAGUUUCAUAGCUAUAGGGGAUUGUAAGGGAUGCUGAUGACAUUUGUAAUGUCUGUUGGUAGCUGCUCUCUCAGACUCAUAGGAAAUAACUCCAUGCAGGAGGAAUGGUUGGUAUAACCCCAAGGGAUACAGGGAGUAAGUACCCUCUGUGCUGAACAGCGGUGACCUCUAUUGCCAGCUGACAACUAAGUGUUC